CAAAACUGUUUUGGUGGUCAUAUAUUAAAAAACAUGUUUUACUGAGACCUCAUUCAUAACAAUAGGGACAACCAACCCCGCGAUGGGGUUGGUUGUCACAAUGUGUCAGAGAGUCUUUGAUGGUUAAUUACUUCUUGUUACAAUAGGUUGUGACAAUAAAAGGGAUACAAAUUUCAAGGCAAUAUAUUAAGCUUUCAUUCAAUGUAGGAAUAACUAUUGAAAGAUGUUUUUUUGAUGAGCAAAUUAAACAAGAGUAAAAAGCGUGACAACCAUCCUCGGUCUCCUUAAUGAAACAUUUAAGGCACUUAUGCCUCUUUAUGAUAUGACAUAUUAUGACUUCAUAUUGUGGGAUAUGGUAUGGUUUUGACAUUUUAUGUGUAAUCUAUGUUGAGACCUCCCGGGUCAAAUUGUAUUCAUAAUUGAUUUGACUUUAAUUGUCAAAAACAAGCAAGUCAAUUAAAUAAAAUGAGUUUGUCAGAAAAACAACAUGGUUAAAUAGAAAUUCCUUUUACCAAUUAAAUAAAUGAUAACCCAGUGAACUGACUGAUUACCGGUUUGAACCACUUGGGGGCAGAGUUGCACUCUGAUGUACACUACCUUUGUAGUUUAGGCUGAAGCCUGUCAGUAAAAGAUCAAACAGGCUGGUAUUUAGUUCUCAACUUUUAUGGCUGACGUGUUUUUUUAAAGCUGGAAGUUAAAUGUCACUGAGUUAGAAUGUGUAACUGUGAAAUGACAAGUGCAUUUAAUGUUAUGUUGACUUCACAAAGGUGUAUAAUCAAUGUAGAAUCUCAAUAGUCAACCUAGACAACGGAUCAGAUCGGCCACGUUUAUGGGCAUCUCGUUUUUGACCUUUUUACAUAUGACUGCUACAUGUCAGCUUUAUAACUUGCAAACAUAUAAGUUCAUGAUGAACUGAAAAAUAAGCAGUAAAAUGAUCAAUCAGCAUCUGGUACCACUUUCAAAUAAACAUUUUAAAUAGCCUACACAUUCAAUAGCCUACUAUUCAUGCAAAAGUUAAAUUAUCAAAAUGAGUUGUUCUACUGUACAAAGCUUAACAGCCUUGACAUCAGAGUGUAUUAUAUAUUAUUUACAGUAACACUCAGUUCUUGAUUCGUAUCACCUACUGUAGACUACUGUUAAGAUGUAUUAAGGGAAAUGCAUAUAAAACAUGUACAAAUGCAGUUUUACCUCAACACUACAAACAUGAGCCAUACGAAUUAUUGCUGAAUCAAAUCAUAAAGUCAAGUCCAGCUUGAUUGCACAGAUACAAAGCACUAUGUGUAAUGCAUUUUGAGUUUCUAGCAAAAAAAAUCAAUCAGGACUCACAUAAAGGAGUAUUUCUAUGCACCAUAUUUACUCAGUUUGAGGUUUAACCGUGAGAUCAUCUUCAAAAAAUGCUUCCUGUGGGGCGUGUGUGUGUGUGUGUGUGUGUGUGUGUGUGUGUGCUAGAGAGAGAGCGAGUCAGAGGGAGAACCACCACGUCUACUUCUUUUAAUCUGUUAGUCUUAUUGAACAGGCAGCGUAGUGGUUUUUAAUAUCUUGUAGUGAAUAGACAAACCUGAUCUAUAGAGUAAAACGCUCAAGAAACAACAAACAAAAAACAGAGUUUGUCUUAAGAAAAUGAACAGCAUGGGUGUUCGGGCCACGCUCGCCGUCCUCCUCCUGUUCAUAGCUACUGUGAAGGCUGCUGAAGGAGGAGUAACAUUCUGGAGAGAACAUUUCACAAUGACCUGUCCUGAAAAUGGGACAUGGUACAGGAAAGAAGAUCAAAUUCAUGUUGGACAGACAUACACAGAAGUUUAUAACGGCAAUUCCAAAGGCGAAUACCGCUGUGAAUACAAUGAUCCAAAAAAGACAUAUUAUUUCUUCGUGAAGGGGAAGGCGUGUGAAAACUGCUUUGAGCUGGACUCGUUUGUGGUUGGGCUGGCCAUUGUUGUGGACGUGUUGGGGACAGCAUUUGUGAUGAUGGUCAUUUACAGGUACACCAAGAAGAAAUACUCAGCUGGACCUAGUCAAGCUUCCAAAGCUCCUGCUCGUCCAGCAGGCCACCACACGGGUCCACCUCCCCCACAACCUGACUAUGAGCCACUGAAUCCUCACACUCGCAAUAAUGGGGCUUAUGAUGUCGUGAACAGGACGGGAUAAAGUCAAGUCAUCUGUCUGCUCUGGGUCACUGGUUAAAAGGCUGCUCAUGCGAAGGCGACAUUCAUAAAAAACAUACACGAACAUCAGUCAUGCUCCCAGUUGCAUGCAUACAUUGGCUUUUGCUCUCUUGGAUUUCGAGGGUCGCUUGACCCAAAUGGCAAAAAAAACAAAUUUUCUCACUUAAGCCUUGUAUUACAUAGCCAGGCAAUGUAGUUCAGGUUUAAGUUGUCCAGGUAUGGUGCCACCACCGUGGUACAACAGAGCUGAAUGGUAUUUCAUUUGGGAUCCUCGCAGUAUUUAAAGAUUAAAAAUACAUUAAAAAACUACUUAAUGACUACUUUCUUACUGUCUUCCAAAGAAAUAGUCCACAUGAAAACUGUUGACAGUGUAUAUAGUGGAUAAUUCUGAUAAGCAGGUCUGUUGGUUCUGUGUGUUGCCGUACAUGAGUAUUUCCCAACCUCAGGGUACUUUUGCUUAAUAUACAUAAUGUACAGAGAAUAUUCUUUUGAUAUUGUCAACUGGUGUUGGCCUUAAAUGAUAUGAUGAAGCAUUGAGAUCAUAGUUAAAAGUGCUGUUAUACUGGGCUGCAUUAUAUUCAGAGGUGUUUCUAAUAUCCUUCCCUUCUCAUGUAUGUAAAUAGAGAGAUUCAUUAACUAGAAUUUAACCUAGGACCUCACUAAUAAACAUAAUUGACUUAACACAUUUUCAACGUCCCAAAAAUGUAAUAUUAUCAGCGUCGUUAAGAUAGAAUUUAUGGCAGAGCUGCUGGAUUUCAUUAGAUUGUACAGGUUUACUGAGUCUAUGCAGUAUGUGUUUUUUUAGUGUACUGACUCUGAUAUAUUCAGCGUUGGUCGAGAGUCUAAUUUACAAUAGUGUCAUAGAUUAAAAAAAUCACAUUGUCGUGUCAAAUAGAGAAAAUACAUGUUUUCUGUACAUAUAUGUUUCUGUUAUGUUGUCAGACAUGUAAAACAUUUCUGCACAAACUCAUUUUGCUCAUCACAUCAAGUCGCUUACUGCGUUUUCUUGUCUGCUUUUCCGAUCUAAUCUGUUGUGUAAAUCUCCUUGUUACUGCAAUGGACACACACAUGUGUCACUGAUGAAUAAACCACAGUCAGCAGUG